CGUUAUCAUAAUAACAUAUUACUACGUACUAUAUAUUUUUGUGUUGGCAUUAUAAGGGAUUACAAUUAAUAAAAAUGUUUGUAUUCAUUCAUCUUUAAAAGGACGACAGUUUUAAUGGGAAAAGAUGACUAUUAAAAAACUUCACCUACCGAAGGAUCCAAUGAAAAUGGCCCUCGAUCCCUAGCUGCUAUUUUUUUUUUUAUAUGAGACGAGAAUAUAAUAAAUAGAAGCAAGCUUGGCCCAGCGUUACUGGCCAAGGAUCGGAGAAGCGAAAAAGAAAAAAAGAGUCCAGUCCGUAUUAGAAGCAAGCUAAUUAAGGCAGGUAUGGCGUCGGAGACAGUGAAGCUGGUGGGCGCAUGGCCGAGCCCAUACGUGAUCCGGGCUCGGGUCGCCCUCAACCUGAAAUCCAUAGACUACGAUUUCCUGGAGGAGAAAUUCGGGACGAAAAGCGAGCUUCUGCUGAAACACAAUCCGGUGUACAAGAAGAUCCCGGUUCUGGUUCACGACGACAAGCCCGUGUGCGAGUCGCUCAUCAUCGUGCAGUAUAUUGAUGAGGCCUGGACUUCCGGUCCAAACAUCCUGCCCGCCCAUCCCUAUGACCGGGCCAUCGCCCGCUUCUGGGCCACUUACAUUGACGAUAAGUGGUUCCCAAGUCUGCGCGGAAUAGCAAUGGCGGGAGAAGAGGAGGGGAAAAGGGAAGCGGCGAUAAAGGAGGUGGAGGAAGGGUUGGGCCUGUUGGAAGGCGCAUUCCAGAGCUGCAGCAAGGGGAAGAAGUUCUUCGGGGGAGAGAGGGUGGGGUUCCUGGACAUCGCGCUGGGAAGCAGCAUCGGGUGGGUCAGGGUCACGGAGAAGUUCAACUCCAUCAAGCUGUAUGACCAAGCCAAAGUUCCUGGUCUGGCCCAAUGGGCCCAGGACUUCUGCGCCCACGAUGCCGUCAAGGACGUCAUGCCUCCCACUGACAAACUGGCCCACUUUGCUAAGCUCAUCUUCUCCAAAAUGAAGAAUUAAUUAAUAUCCUGGCCGGCAUGCAUGACUUUAAUUUGUUGCAUGCUCUCUUUCACUUUCUUCCUCUCCAUGCAUGUUUGUAAUAAUACCCAGAAAACCUAUGCACUUAAAUGCUCCCAAUAAAUUUCAUGUCUUAUCUUCUAACACACUGCAUGCGUGAUCUCCUCUUCCCGCCCACGUCCUAGCGUGUAAGCAAAAAUUGCUUCCAACCAGAAAAAUCGAAACCCAAACAAAAUUGGAAUGUUAUUUUGUACGGUUUCCGCUCAUGUUUCGACUAAAAACCAAAUUAUUUUGGUUUGAAUUGGUUUUUGUUAUUCCCUCCGUAUCAGAGUAACUAUCACAGUUUCCUUUUUGGCCUUAUCAAAAUAAGGGGGUGUUUGGAUCUAAUUCUUAAAAUUGCUUGAAGCACAGGUUUGGAUGUUUGGGUGAAAGUACAAAAGUAUUUCCGGUGAUCAAAUUUACUCCUAAAAGUAGUUUUUUUAGAAGCUGGGGGAGACCAGCAUCUGAAAAUUGAUUCUCAUUCUACUUCUGCUAUAAAAAAGAAACAUAAGCAAAACUAGUUCCAAACGCCCCCUAGGUGUCUCAAUUCCGUUUUAGGAAAUACAUUCAGUCCAAAAGCAGCUAUAGUACACUUUAAUAAAUUCUCCUACUUUUUCAAAAAAUGUACAGUAAACCUAUAAAUUAUCUUAAACUACGUGAAAAGUCUACUGGACCACUUAGAGCCCCUUUGGUAUGCAUGUUUUCCGACUUAUCAGGCUUAUCAACCAAUUUUUUCACCAAACACGUAACUUUUGAUUUCACGCACUGAAUUGUGUAAUAAUAAGAAAAAGUAAGGUUGGUGUUACUUUCUGGCUGUAUUGGCUGAAGUUACUGUAGAUAGCCAUUUUAGCUAUUUUUCAUAUAAUUGUUUAUUCUAUUAAUAAAAUAUAUUUUAAAUAUAAUUUUUUCAUAAAUCAGCAAAAUCAGCCAAUCCAGCCACUUCAGCCAGAACAUCAUAAAUUUCAGCAGAAUCAGCUGAUGCAAUUUUUGGUAUUACCAAACAGGCUCCUAUUGUAAUUCAGAGGGAUUAUGUUUUUAAAUGUAUAAAUUGAAUACUAAUGAUAAAAAAAAAU